GUUUGAAAAUAGCAUCAAAUUUCGAAUGUUACGAUACAUAACCUGGCAACUACUUGCUAGGGCGCCUUACUAGCGCAAAUGGCACAGGAAAUAAUCAAAUCGACUGGAUUCGGUUAACCUGCAACAAUAGCAACCACUACUUCUCGACAUUGACAUCGACAUCGAUAUCUAUACGAUAUUUCUUCGAACCCGACUCUACGGUGUUUCCAAAAGAUAUAUAAUACCAGCCCCCCACCGAUAUUUAUUUUUCUCUCCCUCUUUCUUCUUUCUCUCUCUUCUCUAGAAAUUCAUCUCUUCUCCAGAUACUUUCUUGCAAAAUUCAUAAUUGCAAGCUUAGCAUCCAACUUGGAACGCCAUUUUAACUCUACAAGCCAAGUUCUCAAUCUCUACGUCUACCACUGCUUUUUCCAUAACAAAAGCUACUAUUUGAAUUUCUUGCGCUCUGGGCAAAGUCAUCAUCUUGAUUGGCAAGCCUUUUGGACGAAUACGCGGAUCUCGCUAGACACAGACAGCUACAAAAUCAUUUCUCGACAGUAGUUGCGACAACCGCUUUGUUUGCCAUAGCAUCGCGCGUCCUUGAUUCCAUCGUUUGUUUCAGAACUACCGACCUCGAAACAAAGGAAUCCGUCUAGCUCGAGUAUCCGCGAUGUCGUCACAGACACAGCAAACGCAGGAGAUCAGCCGCGCUCCGAACGCCUUUGAAAUCCACCACGCGCUUCUCCGACCUGUUAUCCUCCAGAUCAUGCGCGCACAAGGCUACCAUUCAUCAACACCUGCCACUGUCGACGCGUUCACCAGCUUGACGGUUAAGUACAUGAUGGCUAUAUCGCGACAGACGGCUCAAUAUGCCAACGUUAUGGACGAGGAUGGUGUAUCGUGUGUGCCUGAUAUUGUCGAUGUACGAAUGGCUCUGGAGGACUGUGGCGCACUGAAGCCCGAGAAAGACUUCACCGAGCAGUUGUUCGCUGGUCAGGAGGAUACGCGUGGUGUCGAUAACUUCAUUGAAUGGGCAACAGGCCCCAAAAACCUCCGAAUCCGUAAAGUCGCCGGGCUUGACAAGCCGACCGUAGGUGACACGGAGAUGGAAGGGGCGGAAGAACUACGGGAGACCGACUACCUCAGUGCUCUUAAGAGGAAGCAUAACAGGACAGCCGAUGACUCCAAAUACGCGCACACAAUCCUCGGUCGCGGUAUCAUCGAGCCUGAUCCUAAGGAGAACCCUAUUCACCAAUGGGCUAUCCAAAUGCACGACCGUGCCAACCGCCCUCCAGAGGCUGAGGUAGCUCCAGAAGAGUCUCCCAGACCUGCCAGCUCGGGUCUGAGUUCCUUGGCAGACGAAGACGUUGCCAUGAUGGACAUGGACUUUUAGAUGUCCGCCAUACCCCACCCAUGAUAUCUAAAUCAUGAAAAACAGCGUGAACAAUUGGGACGUGUUGGAGUUAGGGGCAUAAACAUGGCGUUGGCAAUGGGUCUGUUUUUUUUCGUGGGAGUUCGGUUUGGGAUCAUACAUUGGUUCUUUUGAGGAGAGGAUCAUACAUACAGAAGAAGUAUUGUGACCACAGCCACGCUCAUAAAAUGAGUGUUGGCACACAAUAAAAAGUUUAAACUUCUUUUGCCCUGCCAAAAGGCGGUGGCACCCCACACAUAA